UUGUAUUCGACUACCAAAUGCAACGAACGGGUUUAGCGCUAGUGCACCACACCACACAACACGUCAACGAAGCACCGAAGACGACGACGACGACGAAGAAGAAGAACGCCUCUCGAAGUAAGCAAAAGUGCAUGCACAUUGUCUGCCAGUUGUGUCAGUAGUGUUGUUGCGGUCGACAACACCGUCAGUAUCGUCGUCUGCGACGCUAAGGUGAAUUGUGAAAACACGAAAUAAAAUUCGAUUCAAUGCAAAAAUAACAGCGGCACAAACAAAAACGAGAAACCACCAAUUUUCAGUGAAAGCAAUAAAAGAUCGACAUCACCAAAUCUCGUCUUUAGAAUAUUUCUUUUUUUUUUUUUCUUUCGCGGAAUAGCCAUCCAUUCAUCAGCGGAGUGCAUUCGGAAAAGUCGAACAGACAAUCGAUUUGAAUAUUGGGUGAAUGAAUUGGAUUUGUUUCCCUUUCGUUGUGGCAAGCGGACGAAAAACAAACGACAAAAAAUACAUGACCAAAUGCAAUAAUUCUUCGCGGUCGCGUCUCUCUCUUUUUCUCCUCCUCCUCCUCAUACUCCUGUAAAUUACAUUUGGCAAAGCAUAAUAAUUUUGUUUUUCAAAUCAAAUCGCAAGAAGCACAAGAAGAAGAAGAAGUGAAAAUAAAUUAAGUGUUUUGAAAUAUCGUGGGUGUUGUUAUUUGUGUGUUGUUGCCGCCAGUAUUUCGCACAGUUCUGUUUGUGACAGCGACGGCAUUCAAUUUUGUAAACGUAUUCAGAAAUUCAAAACCAAACAACCAAACUGACAAACAGUCUGCUCAUCUAGACCUAAAUAAGAAAUAUCGUGUUCGAAUUAACUGUUAUUCGAAACCUGGGUGGACAAACGGUAAAUAAGAUUUGAUCUCAUGCCAAACAAUCGGAUUUAAAUAACCCCAUUUCGAAUGGUCAACGAGAAGUUCGAAUGAAAAGUGUCGUCAUGAAACGCAUACCAUGUAAAACAAUAUAUCCAAAUGUCAAAUGCAAUAAUACCAAAAAAUAUCAGCACAAAAUGAAAAUUAUUACAUUUCUAAAAUCGAACUACAAAUACAAACGAAGAUGCUCAAUUCGAAAUCGUUGCAGGCGUAUCGGCGGCGAUUUGCAAACGCAUCCAAUUCCGGUGGCUGGAGGAAAAAUGCCGAAUCACAGAAUUAUAAAGAAUUACAACAUUUCCUUGCACACACGAGAAGAGGUUAGUAAAUUUCCGAGAAUAUUAAUUUUAAUUAUACAGUCAACAACAACGACAACAGUACCGACAGCAGCAGCAGCAGCAACAACAACAACAUCACCACCAUUUCCAGUAGUCACAACAGACGACAGUGGGUUUUCGGCAAAACCAUUUGUUAUGGAAAUUCAGAGGAGGAUUGUCAUCACAAGUCGUACAUUGGCUGCAGUGCCAGCGAACGGCGAAAUCAGACAUCAAUGCAAUGCCUAUAAAGAUGCUAAUGAAGACACCAACAUGGGUAGUGAGGCCACCAACGGCAGUGCCAGACAUCGCAACGGAACGGGCUAUCAAUACGCCAGCAAUUAUGACAAAGUGUCAACAAUCACAUCAACGCCACCAUUAAGGUGCUACCGUCCGAAGCAUCAUCACCAGCAACAUCGACAUCAACAUCAACAUCAGUUGAAGCAGUCACCACCAACAACAACUACAACAACGAAAUUUUCAAUGUCAUCAAUAUCGUUGUUGUCCAACCUGUCGUCGUUAUUAUCGACACCAUCAUCACCAUCGUCCAGCCAGACAAAGUUGUCCCAUUGUUGCCACGACUAUCAGCUGGAAAAUCAUUCAAUGCAUACAAAAUUGCCAGUGACAGCGUCUAUUCCACACAGCAACAUUAACGUUUUCAAGUCUACGGAGCAUUCGAAGAGCUGUCAUUCCACGAAUCAAUACAUCAAUGUUGCCACCAAUAGCAGCAGUUCCCACAACAGCAACAACAACUUUGGAGCAAUGCAUCUGCUGUUGACAUUGUUUAUUGCUUUUGCAAUAGGAGUUCGAACUGCAGCAGCUGGAGCCUGCUGGCAGACGGUCUUAGGCAAUGGCAAAUGCAACGAAAUCUUCUCGUUCAACGUCAGUAAGAGUGACUGCUGUGGCGCCAAUCAAGAAUUCGCCUACACCGAUCGUGAGCCGACAAAUGUCGAGUACUUUUUUGCGACGGCGAUUGGAGGCGGCAUGGAAUGCACACCGUGCUUAGAAAGUUGUCGCAACGUCAAAUGCGGACCAACCAAGAAAUGCGUCAAACGCAAGGGUCGGCCGAAGUGCGUUUGCGCGCCUGAAUGUGGAGCAGCAAGACGAAGGCGCUUGCAACGCGAACAACAACUCCAGCAGCAGCACCACAGCCUGUUUUCUAAAAAUGCUGGCGGUGGUGGUGCUGCCAGCGAUGGUAGUGGCGUGGUGUUCGCAAAGGUGGACGCGCGGACGUUACGUCGGGAGGAGAGGUCGCGACAGGCACGCGACACCCAUAGUUUAAGUAGUGAAAUUACAAAUGCAAACUUAGGUUCGGAAAAACAAAACCAAAGAAAAUUUAUUCACAUACACAUGCAACACGACUAUACCCACCAACAGGAGGCACCACCGCCAACGCCGCCACGAAGAAAAAACCAGCAGCCCAAAGGCAAUCGCAGACUUCUGAUAACAGCCAAUGUCGAGCAUACGGAAAAGCCCACCACUAGACGGAUACAACUUUUUAGCAAUGUAAGAACCACAUAUGCCAGACAGGGCAACAAGAACAGCAAUAGCAACAGCAACAACAACCACAAAGCAAAUGGUCAGCACGAGGACACUGAUCUCUCCGAGGAAUAUGAGGAAGAAGAAGAUGACUACGAUGACGAGGACGGCGGCGGUGGUGGUGGUGAUGGCGGAGGCCGGAGCAGGCCCAUAAUUUUCAACAGCGGCUUCAGCAGCAACAACAACCACAACGACGAAAACCACUCCGACGACAGCGACAACGACAACGACGAUGAUGAUGCAACAACGAGAUUUCGGAACCAGUCCAUGUCUAGACACAAGUCCAAAACCAACAAAAAUAAUCAUGAUUUGCAACAAACAACCAAAACACAACAACGAGAUCAGUACUCCAGCAGCAGCAACGAUAAUAACAACAACAACAGCCACGUUAGACGACCUCACCAAAAUGGCCAACAUGCUGAGAAUGCUCCAAAAUAUCAUCAUCAUCGUCAUCGCAACGACAACAGCAAUCGUCAUCACCACCAGCAGCAGCACAAACACAAACAACAACAGCAGAAACAGCGGCAUUAUGACGAUCGCCGUGACCAACAUCAUCAUCAGCAUCACCACCAGAACAAUCAUCACAACAAUCGUCAGCAAAAUUCGGGUUUUGGCAGACGCAAACACAACAGACAACACAACAAAGCCAACCAUUCCAAUGUACAAAAUACUCCAAAGAAUCACCAGGACUAUGGCAACACCACCACCACCGCCGCCACUGCCAGCAUUGCCAACAAAGUGCUACCCUCUGGCACCAUAUCUGCAACAUCUUCGGCCAGCACAACGCCACAACAGUCGGAAUUGUUAACGACCACUCCCGUAAAUUCCACACUGUCUGUUGGUGCCUCAGAUCAAAGUCAUUUGGCAAAUCACGGAAGUAAACUCGCUGCGUCAUCCUCAUUACUAUUACCCACUUCAGCAUCCUCGUCGAGGGCACAAGCACUGCCAUCGCCUGGCUCUGAGGAAGCAGCAGCAUCAACCCAUCCAUACAUGCAGACAACACUUGUAACAAUGCCGGCUGCAGCCGCUUCCACAUCCUCCUCGUCAGCCUUCUCAUACAUGGACAACGUUAGAGGCGAAGGAGCAACUCAUCCACACUACGAUCGUGGGGGGAAAACUCAGGCCACAUUCAAUGGCUUCAGCGACGACAACGAUAACACGAUUUUAACAUCGCAUAAUUUCGAUUCGGCCUCGUUCGACAGUUAUGUGGAUCAGUUCGAUUUGCAUGGAUUUCCGAAAAAUAGCCAUGCAAUAACGAUUACAGACAAUAUAAGAUCGAUCAACCCUGUUUGUGGUACGGAUGGACGAACCUACAACACCGAAUGCCAAUUGCGGAAACGUGCUUGUCGUACGGAUAAUCAUUUGCUGCAAGUUGCCUAUCGCGGUCAUUGUAAAACUACUUGCAAUGGAGUCAAGUGCUUGGAAGGACUUACUUGUGUCGAGGAUCAGUACACCAUGCCGCACUGCAUAGCAUGUAAAAUCGAAUGCCCACUGGACGAUUAUGAUAAUGACAAUGAUGUAGUGGAUGCGACCAGAGCCGUUUGUGGCGCUGAUGGCAAGACAUACAAAAGCAUGUGCGAGAUAAAUCGUAUAAUUUGCAAAAUUGGUCGAUCAAUUGGUGUUGCAUAUCCGGGACCAUGUCGAGGCAACCAAGUGACUUGCGACGACAUUAAUUGUGGCCCAAAGCAGGUCUGUCUUAUUGAUUUGCUCACACACCAGCCCCGAUGCACGCCAUGCCGCUAUAAGUGUUCACGAAAAAGGAGGCCAGCAUCUGCCCGCUUUGAGGAGGAGAAAAUUUGUGGAGUUAAUAACCGCACCUAUAACUCCUGGUGUGAAAUGCGCAAGGAUUCCUGCUCCACUGGAUUUUACAUCGAUGUCAAAUAUCCUGGCCACUGUCACUGAACACGGCGGAUUAGCCAUGGAUUAACCCCAAUUUGUCCGUAGUUGUUUGUUAGAAUUUAUUGAAUAGCAAAAAAAAGAAAACAAUUUUUUGAAAAUCUCAACAAAAAACGUUUUAACGGCACAUAAUCAAAAUUAUAGCACAUUAUGUAAUACAAAAAAAAAGCCCAGUAUUUUCCAACCUGAAUGAUUGAAAAUAAAACAAAACAAUAUAUCAAUAUUCGUGAUCAGAGCCUAUGAAAUCAAAAGGCCUAUUAGAUUAAAUUUUGAAAAAUUUUGCCAAUCAAGAUUUUAGUUUGCCCAGCUGGGAUACGGAGAGCUGUGUGAUAUACAUAAUUCAAGAGACUCAAUUUGAACCGAAUUACCAAAACAAUUGUCUCUUGUCGUUUCCAUUUACAUCACAUCCCGGGGUUUCCUUUACGCUGGGCUUAUUAAGAAUGGAUUUGGAAAAAUAUGCUACUGGGUUUUUAUUUUGGAAAAAAUUAGCAAUUUUAAUAUAAAUUUAUUAAAUGAAAAUGUAUUAGCAAAUUUAAUAACAAAACAUAUAACCCGGCACAUUUUUCCCACCUAACAUUAUGCAAUUUAAGAGGUAUUCUAGAGAUCAAUAUACGGAAUAGAACCAACACAAAAAACAUACCGAAAAAGCAGUACUUAACAACAAACAAACAUAUUUACUUACUGGAUGUGCUUAACAAAUUACAAAUCGAAUAACACACUCACACACCCACAUGCAAACGACAUUUCUGAAGAGGCUUAACAGAACUCUAUAUACAAACACAUUUACAUACAUAUUUAUACAUACUCAUGCAUACACACCCCGACACACAGCAAUAUUAAAAUCUCGUUCAAAGGAUGACAACGUUUCAAUUUGUUUUUAUUGCAAAUUAACCUGCCCGUGUACAGGCUGGUGGUAAACAUGUAAGAGUAUUAGUUAUUGUUAGAUUGUAUUCGAACGAAUAAUUAAAUGUAUUUAUUUAUUAUUUAUUUAACAGUAAUAAGUUUUUAUACACUUAUACACACAUACACACCCACACGUAACACACUGAUGCAGCUCAAUGGCAAAGGAUUAUCAAAAAUUUAUUGACCAAAUUGUAAUUCCGAAUGUUUCACUUGCCCAAUUUAAACGAAAAAUUGACCACACACAUACACAUAUACGCAUACAAACACAUGUACUUUUAUUUUCAAUUGACUGAUAGCGUAAAAGAAAAUCGGAAUGCAAAUCGAAACGAAGUGAACAAAAACAAAUGAAUGCAUAGUAUGAAAUUUAUUAUUAUUAAUUAAUUAAUUAUUAUUAUUAUAUUAUUAUUAUUAUUUGUUAACAAUGUUUAUCUACACACAGAUGACAUGCAUACAUAUUUAUAUGAUAAUAAAUGAACGAAAUUCAAACCGUAAUAAAAUUUUAACCAUUUUGA